GGCUGCUCAGUGUUUGGAAAGUGGGAUCUUUGCUAGAUUUCUCUCUGUGCCUGGUUUGGUAGAGUAUUAGAUGAGAGCAGGGAAAAUCUGUGCCUACCUGUCCUUCAGCACAGACCACUGACUGUCAUUACUGUGCUGCAUCCAUGACUUUACAUACCUGGCUGGUGUAUGGGUUUGGAUUUAUAUUGGUUUGGACACUCUGCUUUGCACGAGUCCAUAGUCUGCAGUGCUAUGGCUGUAACAUCAUCCAGGGCCAGAGGUACGUUGACGUGGGCUGCUCCAACCCAGAGGUCAUCACCUGCCCCCACUCUCACAAAGGCUUCAAACAUCGUUUCUGCAUCAAGACAGAGAGCACGGCCCUGGGUAUCGUCCUGACAAGUGGUUGCGCUACAUCCAGACACUGCCAGCAACAAGAACUGCCAGGGGUGCGAAUCCACUGCUGUGACUCAGACCUAUGUAACAGCACCCCCUUCUGGCAUCCCAGCACACUCCACUAUAUCUGUGCACUGCUCACCCUCUUACUGCUAAGGAUGUGGUUGUGAUGUGAAAUAACUCUCAAGAGAAACAUAAAAUCAGUGGCCUCUUUUCGUAGCUGCUCAUGUGUAGAACUGAAUUGGGGGAUUUUUGCUCAGUAUGGCUUUAUUGGUAUGCACCUUUACAUUGUGGGGUUCACAUUGCUUGGACUUACAGUCAGAGGGGUGGCAAAAAUAACCUUGUAAAUAAAAAAUAAUGGUGAAGCAGCCAUCAGUGAAUUUAUGUCCACACCCACUUACUGUACCUUAAAGUAUGGAAUAUUAUGGAAGAUUUGUUGCCAUACAGCAUUACUCUUGUCACAGCUAUACUGUCAUUUCAUGAAAAAAUAAAGUGAGUAAUGACACUUUGUAUGAGCAAAGCAGUAAGACACUGACUUCAGUUGAAUUCACUUGUACAGGAAGACAGUCAUUUCCUUCCUUGGUUAAAGUGUUCACUAUCAUUUUUAAGAUAACAUUUUUGUGUGGUGUCCUCUAUGAAUUCACAGGCUAUUCAUAUUGAAUUGU